AUGGACCAGGGCGCAAAACCCACCGUGCCCAAGUUCUCGAGCUUCAAGCCAAAGCCUCCGCCGUCUGCUCCACCCAAGGACUCCAGCCCCAGUCCCGACGACGAAAGACACCACCGCCCACGAGACCGACACGGAGAUCAAGAGCGGGAUCACAGGAGCUCACACAGCCAUCGUGAUCGUAACAGCCGCAGCUACCGUGAUGACCGUGACCGCCGCCACCGCGAUCGAGACCAUCGUGAGCACCGCGAACGGGAGAAGCGCGACGAUCACCGCCAUAGGCACAAGCGUGAGACCGACACCAGGCGUCGACAUGCCAGUGAGGAGAGACGUGACGACCGUGCUGUUGCAGAACCACAGCCUCGUAAACAGCCGGUGAACGAGGAUGUCAUAUACGUCAUCGAUCGCAAAGGCGACUUGGCCAAUCUGCAGUAUGGCAGACUACACCAAUACAGCGUGCCGCCUUAUUACAGGGCAGGCGCGGGCUCUGUGCUGGGACUACCAUCCGAUGCGAAAAUCGACAGGUUCGCCUCCGACGACCGCACCAUUGUCAUUGACCCGCGCCGACGUCGCGGGGGAUCUGAACGCCAAUUGUUAUCGAAACGAACCUCUGGAAAAGAGGCUCCGAUCCUGCGUGUUAUCAGGCCAACUGAUGCCGAUGCUGCCGGCGAGCUCAAUCCGAAUCAGGACUUCAUUCCUAUACGCAGCCUGAAGAGGAAGCGUGGUUCAGAAUCUCCUGAGCCAGAGGCGAGUAGAGUCGACUACAGAUCAAUUGAGGGCAAAGCCAAGCCUAGCAACCAGCCCGAUGACUCCGACUUGGAGUAUGCUAGUGAUGACAUGGAUGCCGGCUCACACACUGAUUUCUUUUCUGAAACAAAAGAACGGAAUGUGUUGCUGACCAGGAGAGUUCAAGACCAUCCCAAUGAUCUUCAGGCCUGGCUGGACCUCGUCGAACACCAGGAGUCGAUGCUCCGUAUAGGGUCGUCUGACACCCAUCGCCAGCUCAAGUCAUCAGAGCUACAUGCUCUUGCAUCUCUCCGUUUUGACAUCUACCAGAGAGCUUUGAAAGCUCUGCAGUCAGAGCGCUUGGUCGUCGGUCUCAUGGAGGAGAGUUCCAGGAUCCAUCAGAGAGAAGAGCAUUUUAGCCGCUGGAAACAGGCGCUCUCGGACAACCGCGAAAGCACAACUUUGUGGAUGAAAUACCUCGACGCUUUACAAACUAAUCUUUCCGAAUUCCACUUUGAGAAUUGUCGGUCAAAGUUUUUGGAAUGCCUGAAGAUCAUCUCGAAGUCUACGACCAAGGAAGCUCAACAACUCCGUGUGUACAUUUUCCUGCGACUUACAUCGCUAAUGAAGCAUGCCGGCUAUCACGAGAGGGCUGUUGCACUUUGGCAAGCACUACUGGAGAUACAGCUAUUCAGACCAACCUACGAGGACAACACGCCCAAUUCAACGAUAUUGCAAGACUUCGAAGAAUUUUGGGAGAGUGAAUGCCCCCGCUUCGGCGAAUCCGGCGCCGUAGGCUGGGCAGCUGCCAAACAAGAUGGGGAAUUCCCAGACCCGCCCGAAUCUACUGUUCAUGACGAAGAGGAAGAUAUCUCUUUGCGACGCCUAUUCGAAUCCUUUGCCGUGAAGGAAAACCGCCGAAUGGCUGUUUUGCAAUGGCCGGGACGGACUACAGACGAAUUUGGAGAAGACGACCCUUUCCAUGUCGUUCUCUACUCUGACAUUAAAAGCGAGCUCCAACUCAUGGUAGAAAAACUGCCACCAACAUUGCUCGUUGGAGCCUACCUUUGCUUCUGGGCCCUCCCACCAUUGCCACACGAUGUCCAGACUCGCUCUUGGUGGCUUGACCCUUUCUUGCGAAAUGAGAGGCUCAAUGCUAGCAUUCCCGGUCGCCUUCUUCUGGCUCCUUCGCUUGAUUCCGAGGCUGACCGCCACUAUGAGCUCGACAGCUGGAGCCCACCUGCAGCGUACUUCCAGGUAGCAACAGACGAUCUUUUCUCCAAGGGCUUCUUCUCAGGGCAGCGCAGUCAAGAACAACUGGACUGGCUGAGCAGAUCACUCAAGGCUUUGUCAGCCUCCGUCCCGGACGACACGAUUGCCGAGUAUUACUUCGCUUUUGAAUGGCAACACUACGAUCCGACCAAUGCAGCAAAGACUGCAAGGGCGCUGCUGAAGAAGCGAUCAUCUAGUCUGCGUCUGUACAACGCAUAUGCCCUGAUGGAGAGUCGCCUUGGAAGAUUGGAAGUAGCUAAUCGCGUAUUCUCCAUGGCAAUAGCGUUGAGCAAUCAGCUGCCUACUGAUGCCCGCAAGUACACAAUAUUGCUAUGGCGGUCUUGGAUUUGGGAAGCCCUCCAAGCCGACGAUCUGAGAUCCGCCAGGCACCGCGUCUCCUCUAUCGGCGAGGCCAAACCGGAGCCAGAAGCACGCACCAUCAUCACUGACGGCGAGACGUUCCAUCCUGCCACCGUCCUCAAAGUUCGCAACACCCUCAUCGAAGGACGGGAUCACAACAUGUCUGUUGGCGACAUCAUGCUGGCAGUGUACUAUGCAGAAUGCUUCGCUCUCUUCACCUACAUUCUAGAAGGAUGCAACAUCGAGGCGGCAUUGGGCACGUUUCUCGAAUUUUCAUCCUUACUACAAUCCCGCGGCCUACUACACUCGGCCGCCAACGAAGUCGCCCAUCAAUCUCAGUGCCAACUGCUCUCAUACCACUCCAAGCGCGCCAAACUCUUCAAGCCCUCCAUCACCCGCUCCGUGGUACAAGAAAGCAUCAAGCUCUUCCCCAACAACACCAAAUUCCUAACCACAUACGCCGCCAACGAGGCCCGCUUCCGCGUCGACGACAGGGUCCGCGCCAUCAUGCAAGACGUCGUCUUGCAACAAAAGGAACAAUCCAUCGCCGCCUGGCUCUUCGCCGUCUACUCGGAACUCAAGCGCGGCGAGAACCUCGGCGGCACCACGCACGCCGUCCGCGCCGCCUUCGACAGGGCAACGGACAGCGAACCCGGCAGGAAGAGCGCCGCGCUGUGGGCUUCGUACGUCCUGUACCUCGCUUCCGCCGCGUCGGACCGCCCGGCGGCGAAGCGCGUCUUCUUUCACGGCCUGCUGCAUCUGCCGUACUCGAAGGGGUACCUCAUGCUCGCGUUUGACGAGCGGCUCGUCGGCGAGAUGGACUGGAAGGAGUUGAGGAGCGUGUAUAAUACGUUGCAGGAGAAGGAGCUGCGCGUGCACUGCGAUAUCGAGGAGGAAGUUGAGGAGGUGCAGAGGGCGAUUGACGGUGGUGGUGGUGGGCGGAGGCGGAGUAGCCAACUGGCGGUCUCGGCGGAGUGA